AUGGCGAUUUUCGAUGAGAUAGACGUCGAACUUGGAAAGAUAUGCGCUGAUAAUUGUCAAGUAAAACUUGAUGAAUGCCUCGAAUUCUGUGACGAUCCGAGUUGCACAUCAAGAUGCCAAGGAACAUGGCUCGAUUGCCUCGCUGCCUGUCCAUGUUACUCAGGAUGUCCCGAUGGUUGCGAAAACUGCCCGAACCCGAUUUGUGCGUCUCCCCUCCAUCACCUCUUUAUCAUCGAUGAGCGAAUGUCAGAAUGGAACAAGGGAAUGCACUGGAACUCGUACACGGAAGAAGUUGACUUUCGAAAUUUUGCUUAUCAAUUUAACCACGGAUUUGAUAUUGAGGAUACCUGCUACGCAAUGCUUAACGGGGAGCAUUGGCUCAUCGGUGGUUGGUUUUAUCCAAAUGCUGUCGCAAAAGUAGAAGAUUGCAAAAUCACUCGCCAAUCUGCAAGUCUUGAAUACCCAUUUCACGGGGGUAUGUUCGGUUCUUGCACUGCUUACAACGGCAAAAUCUGGACCUGCUUCGAUGGCAAAGAAGGCCGAGCAAAUCAGUGUAUGACUUUUGAUGGAGUUCGCCAAGAAAUCGUCGCUCAAGAAACGACGAGGGGCCACGACUGGGCGGAUAUCGUCGUUUACGAAAAUGAGUUUACGAAUGAGUUGAUCACAAUGGGCGGCUGUGAUGGCGACGGUGGGGAUGAGCGCGAGUGCCACGGAUUGACCGAAAUUUACGACGAAGAACACGGCUGGGUUUCUCACUAUGGAUCAAACUUUCCCGUACACGAGCUUACAGGCCAUUCCCUCGUUUCCGACCCCCGGGGCAUCGUCAUCAUUACUGACACAAGCUACGACAACACUGUUUACCGACUUGACUUCAUCGACAACCCGAAUGGCGAAGGAUUCGUGUACCGAUGGGACACCCUUGGUCAACUUCAAGAACCUGCUUUUUACGUUUCCGCAACAAACCUUCUCGAUGCUGUCUUUGUUGGAUACAACAAACUCGAGCGAAUAACAAUCGGAGAUCGAGAAAUCAGCUCUUCAAUCGUUUACGAAACAGGAUUCGACUUGCGCCUUGAUUACGCGCCCAUGCUUAUUGUCGAUGAAAAUUUCUGCAAAUGA